UCGCCAGUGAGAAGUGUGGUUAGGAAGUGUGUUUUCCGGGGAAUUUUCCUGGUUCAGGAAAACGUUGUAAGGCAGAGGAAGAACAGCUGGAAAAUGGGUGAGCGCAAGGGUCAGAACAAGUACUAUCCGCCGGAUUACGAUCCGCGCGCUGGCGGACUCAACAAGUUCCUGGGCACACAUGCUCUCCGGGAGCGCGCCCGGAAGCUCGACCAGGGCAUCCUGAUCAUUCGCUUCGAGAUGCCGUACAACAUCUGGUGCGAAGGGUGCAAGAAUCACAUUGGCAUGGGCGUGAGGUACAAUGCGGAGAAGAAGAAGGUCGGCAUGUAUUACACGACGCCCGUCUAUCAGUUCCGGAUGAAGUGCCAUCUCUGCGACAAUCACUUCGAGAUUAAGACGGACCCCGGAAACCUAGACUAUGUGAUCAUGUCGGGCGCGCGGCGACAGGAGAACCGCUGGGAUCCAACGCAGAAUGGGCAGAUCGUGCCGGAUGACAAGGAGAUGCAGAAGAGGCUGUUCGACGACGCGAUGUUCAAGCUGGAGCACACGGCGAAGGAUCAGGAGGCGGGGGCGGCGGCCAAGCCGGUGCUGGGGCGUCUCUUUGAGCGGAAUGAGGACGUCUGGAGGGAUCCUUAUGAGGCCAAUUCUCGUCUACGAACUGAAUUCCGCUCGAAGAAGAAGGAAUUGAAGGCCAGCGAGGAGAUAGAUAAGACUCUUCUGGACAAAUCCAGUCUGGACAUUGCUCUGGUGCCUGAGAACGAGGAGGAUCGGCACAUGGCGUCCCUCAUGAGUCUCCAGUCUGUGAAAUCUUCCGAAGAAGAGGCAGCAGAGCGGCGCCAGAGCGCCAUAAAUCAACCAUCUCUGCCAGGAAGCAACAUUCUCUCCUUCGGCGGCAUCCGGGCAGAGAGGCUCCUCAGCAAGAGACUCCUGCCCACGGAUCUGGGCAUCAGGAAGCGUCCUGCCGCCACGGAAGUCUCGCCGGAGUGCGAGAAGAAGCCCAAGAGUCUCGUUGGCGACUACUCGAGCAGCGAGAGCGACACAUAAAAGCGCGUAUCACUUUCCAUUUGUGCGUGGCAAUGGCGUUAUCAGGGAAUUGGGAGCAGGAACACUCCAUGCGGGCUGCAGUUGGCCCACUUUCGCCCCGCCGGCUGCACUUCCGCGCGCAGCACACUUUCCAGGAGAGGCGCUGAUGGACUUCAACGAGUGUUUCUCCACGCUGCAAUUCAUCAAUUCUUCACCUCUUCUUGGCGCUCUCUUCACACCCUCAAAUGACGCCCGCUGAAGAUGGGCUAGAAGCCGCGCUCCGUGAAAUGUGUGCGAUGUGAAGUGCAGAAGAAGAGAUUGCAAAUUGCGGCGCAAGAAAUCGAGAGAGAAGUGAGAAGAAUAAAUUUACUACAGGAAUCAUCAGUAAUAACAAGGAAAAGUGUGAAUAGUGA